AUGUGGCGUUCUUACAAGGCGGAAACUCCCGAUUUGUCCGAAGAGGUCGACAUCAACGUGGGCGGCGGUAGUUCGGAAUCCGACGACGACGGGUGAGUAGCAUUCUUUAUUUUUGUGAUUGUAGACAACAGAUUGUCUCUGAGGAAAUAGUCUAAAUAACAAAAAAAAUGAUAGGGCUGGUAGGUAAACACAGUUAUUUAAAAAGGGAAUUUCAAGUUCUGGACCUCUGGGAUUCCGUUUUCGCCCAGAUCGUCUGUCAGGCACAUAAAUAGCGUAAUAAUCGUAAAAAAAGCCGGAAGUGAUGCGACUUACGAGUGCAAAAGAGUGUCGCGCGUAAUUCAGUUUGGUGGCACUGGUAGCCUAAUGGGGCAGGCAAGGACCUCGCGGUCUGACGGUCUCCCGACCAAUGUGGGUUCGAGUCCCAUCCAGUGCCACGCCGCCUUUUUGCGUGUUAAAUUUGAAAAAAAUUGUUUUCAAACAGAGGGCUGCUUGCUAUCCACGUAAAAAACUAUCUUCAAUUUUUCAAAAAUAGCAGUCAAGGAUUUAGGCGCGAUAGCCAGACGUCUGAAUAGUGUGCUCGUUUCGGUUUGAAAAUCGGCGUCAAUAAUGAGCAUCCAGUCACCUUGGGGAUCGUCCGUGCGUCAACAUAUCGUCACGAAGUGUUGAUAGCAAUCUGUUCAACUUGGCACCUAUUUUCGUCUCUCGCAAUAUCUAUUUUUAGUCGUCCCAGUUCUCAUUAUACAUUGUUAUCAUCAGCAGUCGGUAGCUUCUUCGAAGACAUCAUUAUGACGCAAGUUCCACUCGAAAAGCAGUGAACAGAAUCAAAGACGAGCUUUUGAAGAACUCAAUUGAUUUGGAAUUCCGAUCGGAAUGAAGCGUCGUAGAUCAGUAAUCCGACCCGGAAUGGUUUGGUGACGUCUGAAUGAUACCUUUUGUGAGGAUAAAUAGGCGGAUUAAAAAGUGACCGAAUGAUGCCGUUUACGGAGGAGACGUCGUGCCUUUUGGCGCGGAAAUUGGCCUCUGAAUACGUAGGUAAUGAGCGUGCUGUUAAGACAUCCCGUUGACGUGGGUCUGACGUUGUUUUGCACAUUUUCGCUGCAUCAAGUUUCGAUGGGAUCGCUGAAACGUUGCAGAAAAAGGGAACGCGAUACACUUGGAAUUUUGCAUAAAAAGUAGUCUAGACUGUUUUGACUUUGGAAAGCCGCCAAUUUGUUCGUACCAAUUCCACGUAGGAUUUCAAAAAUAGCGUCCCGAACAGCGGAGAAAGGGCCAAUUAGGCCGGACUCAUUGACGUCAAACCGCUGCAGAGUUUCGAAAUCAGAAGAGGAGGCGGGGAAGGAGCAUCCUUAUCCCGCCCAAAACAUUUCCCAACUUUGUACACUGUGCUGCUCACACCGCUCCCCAUUUGUCGUCUGCUCAUCGCCUGCCGCCUCUCGUCCAGUUCCUCUUCGCCGCCCCAUUAUCAUCAUCGACGAGACUAAUCACGCAUCGGACGGAAGCUCCGCCUCCAUUUUAUGCGAAGCGCAAAACCGAACGAAGAAGUUUUCGUUUCUCCGUUCUCUCGCCGCUUCCGUCACUUGUCGAUCGUCAACCGUCCCCAAAUUCAGCAAAACUGUCGGGAAAGCCGAGGACGAAAUCUCGCCCGCGCCGAGGCCCGCUUCUGCAGACAACGGCAGACCGUUCUCGCCGAGCUCGGCCUUUCACUCGUUCUCUCCGACCUCAAUAUUCGGCGCACACGUAGCAAAUCCGAGUUUUCGGUGCAACGUGACGAGUUUUUCGACCUGUCUCUGGAGGACGAUAGCAACGAACUCCACGUUCCCGGGUGAGCCACAUUUCUCAUGUUUCACACGGUAGAGCGCACUUUCCACCGCUCGCACAUCUACAGUAAACAUGUAGCCUGUUCGGCGAAGCGAACAAAUUCGGAAAGUUCAUAAAUGGAAUUCGUCGGCGCUCAUUUCCCUCAUUAACCCUCUCCUUUGUAUUUGCUAAGCUUUUAUUUUCUGUUAUGGACUCUCAAAUACUCAACGUACUCUCCAACAGGUAAUACACCUCUUCCGUGCAUUUCUCCCCUAAAACCACUAAGACUAAAGCGGCAUGCAACAUUUUUGCUCACUCGAAAACCUUUCAUUAUGGUGAACUUCGCCAAACCUUUUGAGGAAAACAUGAACAAGAUCAUCUGACCGGGACGUCAUCGUAAUGCAAACUAUUUCGGAGAUUCUCGUUCUCUUGGGCUCCUCCCGACCGACUGAACGGUCGUCAUAGAGAUCGUCGUUAUUUUCGAGAUAGUGGUGUGCAAGUUCAACAUUUUUCGGAAGGAAACAAGAGAAAGGAAGUCGAAAAUGUGAUGGAAAUGAUUAUGGGAUGUACUAGAUGGUAAUUGGAAAACGCAGUCAAAUAUGGGCUGAAGAACAUCGAGGAAGCUCUUUCUGUUUUAGCGAAGGAGCAAAGUCCGUUACAAAAGUGCAUUGUACUUUCUGCCAUGUAGUUAGCACGAAAUGGGACUGAAUUUGGAGCAGCAGUCAGAAAACAGGGAGUAGAUUGUACGAGCGUCAGAACGGUGGAAUUAAAGUCACAUCGCGUUCUGACUGAAUAAAAAACGACAUGACGUCAAAUGAACGGUAUUUUUUCAGACGCAAGUCUCGUUCCGCGUCGAUAACAUCGAGCGCCUCGGCCCCGGCGUCGCAAGAACUGACGCUCCAUGUGCCCUCGCAGAACACCUCGUCGGCCACCUCUCCGACUCCCUCAACCGGAUCGGCUUACAACUUCGUGAGUUUUUGCUAUUGUUGCCCACAUCACUUCACCUACACCUUGCUCUCACCUCGGCUCCCGGCCCAAUCCAAUUUCUUGGCUCUCACGCCAACGACAUCAAAAGCUCGCUGUCGUCUCCUCGAAUGCACGUGCUCUCUUCCCCCCGGGGCUCCGAUUCGUCGUCCAGAGGCACCUGCCUGAAGUCGUUAUCGCCGUCUUCGCUCUGUCGUCGCUUUUCUUAUUUGCUCGCGGUCCUACAUCUUUUUUUCUGCCUUCACUGACAUUCGCCUUGGCUUCAGAAUCAGAAUUCACCCGUUUCCCGUUCAACUUUUCAACUUCCACGCUUCUCGUUUUCUGUUCGCACAUGUUAAUCUUCUUUGAAACUUUUGUUCAUUCUAUCUCAUAAUUGAGUCACUUUUCACACGGAUUCUCUGUUUUUCUGGUCGGUUAGUACACUAGUCUCAUGUCUGUUUAUUGAUGGUCAGUUCGUAGUGACAACUUGGAAUGAAAAACAGUAAUCAGCAUUCUUUGAAACUGGCUAUUUUCGGCUUACUCCCACUUGUUUAUGUGAAUAAGGCUCGCUCCAGAAAUCGAAUAACGUCAUUCCGAUUUCCCAUGAAAGUGACUGGUAGCUCAGACUAGAGUCACUCCCAAUUUCAAACGAGAAAAAUAGCAAAUAGAAGGUUCCCAGGCCUGCUUGAACUGCCCCCGUUAGCCAAAACCCACGGUGGAGCCAUGUGACAUCUGUUCCCCUCUUUCCGACUGCAAUCAGUGAAGCGGAGCAGCAUGAAUAGCCUGCUGAAAACAAGCCGCGGAGCGAGAUAGCAUACCGAGUGAGGGAGGACGAUCUCAUCAACCUGGGUUUCCGCGUCUUUCUAGAGCUUCUCGUAAUAAUAAUUACCUUCCGACAAACAGAGAAGAGAGCUGCGAAGGCGCCGAGCUAAGAGCCGUUUCGUCGCCCGGCAACGGGUGUGAAUCUUCGCUUCGUUUACCCUCCGAGUAGCUACUCACACAGAGCCAUCCGCAGCAAUGAGCGGCUCAAAGAGCUCCUCGAAUCCGAGCCACGGUUGCCGAAACAGUAAAGAGGCACGUCCGCUAAUCUCGACGGCACUUCACAGACAGCAGUCCGUGCAGACAGCCCCUCAAGACAGGAAUGCCCCGGUAAGUGGAAAUGGCGGGAAACUUUGGCAGUCAGUGACGGGAGCAGCAUGCUAAUCUUCAUCUCCAUCCACGCCCAUUUCUAUAAUCACUGACUAUUGUUCGAUUUGUGAAUAGACUCCUCGGCUCGGCACCUAAUCCUUUCCCAUCCAUUCCAUCAUUCCCCCCACUUGCCGUCUUGUUCGCAUUUUUCCUCUUCCCAUCUGUCCGAAUGCUGAGAAAAACACCAUCAGCGGUUUGUAGCAUAGAUUUUCGCAUGUUUCCCAAUCAAUCACUCUCAUCACACCCACUCUCAGAUUGCCGGAAUGUUCGACGGAAAGGAGCGCGUCAACCGCGACCCGCCUCCGAUGCCGUCCACGGAAAACGUCGAGUAUCCGAGAGCUGCUAGCUGGGCAGCCGGCAACUGUGCCAACGUGCUCAACGACGACAAAGGUGUGUAAAUAUAUGAAUCACCGAGAGGAGCUGCCUAAUUUCCUUUCUAGGUCGUCAACUGUUCCGCGUGUUCCUGUUCGAAUCUUUGGCCGAGGAGAAUCUCUCUUUCCUUGAGGCGUUGGAAAAACUGAAGAAAAUGAAGAGCAGCGAGGAGAAGAGAAACUUCGCCAAGGAGAUACUCGAGACUUACCAAUCAUCGAUCAACUUGUCGUCGAGCUCGAUGAGAUCUCUCCGCAAUGCGGUCGCCAGCGACCCGCUGGACAUGGAGGAGUUUGCCCCGGCCAUCAAGGAGGUCAAGAGACUGCUCGAGAACGAUCAGUUCCCGCGCUUCCGUCGCUCUGAGCUCUACCUUGGUUAUCUGGAAGAGCUGCUCCCGCGUUCAUACGCCGAGAAGUGGGCUUCCAGCUUCGAAAGUCUUCUCGGCAACCACGUGGGACGUCAUUACUUCCGCGGUUUUCUUCGUUCUAUUCAUGCCGAAGAGAACCUCCGUUUCUGGGAAGCCGUCGUUGAGUUCAGGUAAAGAAUGACAAUCUGCGAUGGUCGGGCAUCACCUUUAGCUCUAAUAAACAUGAUGGUGAUAUUGUGUUUUUCAGAUCGAGCCGCAACCGCGCAAAUGCGAUGAACAACCUGGGAAGGGUGAUUCUGAACACCUAUCUCGCCGAAGGAACUACCAACGAAGUGUUUCUCCCGUUCGGCGUCCGUCAGGUCAUCGAGCGUCGCAUCCAGGACAAUGAGAUCGACAUCACUCUGUUCGACGAGUCCAUCAAGCACGUCGAGCAGGUCCUUCGCAACGACCCGUACGUCCGCUUCUUGCAGAGCCAAGACUACACCAACUUGCUCAACAAGCUUCGCCAAUAA